AUGAGUUCAUAUCAACAAAAUCCCAUUGGAUCUUUUGGUGGUCUAUAUGGCAGUGGAGGCAUUGAAAAAUCAUCACAAAUUAUUGGAAACUAUCGAUUAGAUAAAACUUUAGGUAUAGGUUCAUUCGGAAAAGUUAAAUUGGCAGAACAUAUUAGAACAGGUGUAAAAGUUGCAAUAAAAAUAUUAAAUAGAACAAAAAUUAAAAAUUUAAAAAUGGAUGAAAAGAUUAGAAGAGAAAUUCAAAAUAUGAAAUUAUUUAGACAUCCACAUAUUAUUAAAUUAUAUGAAGUGAUUGAAACAACAACAGAUAUUUUCAUGGUUAUGGAGUAUGUAACCGGUGGUGAAUUAUUUGAAUACAUUGUAAAGAAUGGUAAAUUAUUAGAGGAUGAAAGUAGAAGACUUUUCCAACAAAUGAUCUCAGGUGUAGACUAUUGUCAUCAUCAUAUGGUGGUACAUAGAGACUUGAAACCAGAGAACCUCCUAUUGGAUCCAAUCAAUAAAUGUAUAAAGAUUGCAGAUUUCGGUCUUUCAAAUAUGAUGCAAGAUGGUGAUUUCCUAAAGACAAGUUGUGGUUCACCCAAUUACGCUGCACCUGAAGUUAUCUCUGGCAAACUUUACGCUGGUCCAGAGGUUGAUGUUUGGUCUUGUGGUGUCAUUUUAUAUGCUUUUCUUUGUGCUAAAUUACCAUUUGAUGAUGAAAGUAUUCCAAUGUUAUUUAAGAAAAUUAGAGAGGGUGUUUUUAGUAUACCCGAUUUUGUUUCACCAAGUUGUGCAGAUUUAAUAAAGAAAAUGUUAGUUGUUGACCCAGUUAAAAGAAUUACAAUUCAUGAAAUUAGAAAUCAUCCAUGGUUUCAAGUUAAAUUACCAAAAUAUUUAUCAUCACCACAUACAUUUUUAUCAAAAUCAAUUCAAACUAUCAAUAAUUCAAUUUUAAAUGAAAUGGUACAAGUUUAUGCACCAAUUGAUAGAGAAAGAAUUAUUGAAGAAUUACAAAAAUCUGGUGAAGUUAAUGAUUUAAUUGUUAGUUAUCAUUUAUUAGUUGAUUCAAAGAGAGGAUCAUAUGAAAAUGAGAUUAAUUCACCAAAUUUAGUCUCACCAAUUACAACACCAAUUAUGUCAAGUGCUCAAAAGAGUCCAAUAAUGUUUACUACUACUACAGGAUUUAAUCCAAGCAAUAGCAAUAGCAUCAGUAAUAAUAAUAAUAACAAUAACAAUAAUAAUAAUAAUACCACUAAUAAUAAUAAUAAUACCACUAAUAAUAAUAAUAGUAUUAUUAAUAACAAUAAUAUUAAUAAUAAUAAUAUAAAUAACAAUAAUAAUAAUAAUAAUAAUAAUAUUAAUAAUAAUAAUAUUAUUAAUAAUAAUAAUAAUAAUAAUAAUAAUAAUAAUAAUAAUAAUAAUAAUAAUAAUAAUAAUAAUAAUAAUAAUAAUAACAACAGUAGUAUAAGUGGUGGUACAGAAGUUUUUUCAAUUAGUCCAAAUUUAAAUAAUUCAUAUAAUAGUAAUAGUAGUGGAAAUAGUAAUGGUAGCAACAGCAAUAACAAUUCAAAUAAUAAUACUAACAAUGAUAAUAAUAAUAAUAAUAAUAAUAAUAAUAAUAAUAAUAAUAAUAAUAAUAAUAAUAAUAAUAAUAAUAACAAUAACAAUAAUUGUAUCGAUAGUGUAAAUAAUAGUUUAAAUAAUGAAAAUGAUGUUAAUAAUAGUAAUAUUAACAACAAUAAUAAUAAUAAUAGUGAUGAUGGUUCAAAUAAUAACUCAUAUGAAGGUGGUGGUGAUGUACUUUUACUAUCAGAUUUAAAUGGUAAUAAUCAAUUGGGUGGAAAUGAUAAUGGUAAUGUUGUCAAUUUAAAUAAUAACUUUCAAUUAUUAAACUCACUCGAUUUGAAUUCAGAUAUUCAAACCCAACCACAUAGAAAAUGGUAUUUAGGUGCAAUCUCUCAAUUACCACCACAUGAGAUUAUGGGUGAAAUUUACAGAGCACUUAAAAAAGUUGGAUUUGAGUGGAAAUUAACAGGUCCUUAUCAAUUAAGAUGUAGAAUGGUUAAUGGAAAGCCAAUUAAAUUGGUUUUACAAUUAUUCAGAGUGGCAGAAAAUAGAUAUUUAUUGGAUAUCAAAAAGAUUGAAGGUGAAAUAUUCAUAUUUUUUGAUAUUUGUAGUUUAAUGUUGGAGGAAUUGAAUUUAUAA